UGGUGAGGCAGCAGGAUGAAGGAAUGUUGUUCCUCUCCUUAGCCGCAUGUCAAGUCCAAAGAAAUCGACGUUAUAUCGUCGCCAUGUCUUGACUCGCGAAAGUCGGAGGAACAUCUGGCACUACCAGUCUGUCUUUCAGAAGAGAAGGAAGUAGAAGCACCGCGGCAGCGUGCUUUCCCGUUGCGGUGUAGUUGUAAUUUUUCUACUCGAGAUCUUUGAGCAGGUCAUAUCUUUAGUACAGUGACAACACAACUUAAAAAUGACACAAUACGCCUCUAUAGUGUUGAUUCCCUUGGUGGUUGUUGUGUGGCUCUUUCCUCCCCCAGUACUAGUGAAAAAGAGCGCGGCGCGAGCAGGAGGCCAAGGUCAAGAAACAGAGGCUUUUAAAAUCUCGCUAACUAAAAACCCGAGGCAGCUUCAUCAAGACCUGAACAUGCUGUUUGCUUGGCCAGGGAACUCCUUAGACGUGAAGGAACAGCACUUUGAUAUUGACGGCCCAUUUCGCUCAUGGGUCGCGAAAACAUUCACUGAUAACUUCCUUCAGUACAGUGGUGUCUCGCUGCCCCUGCUCCUGAUGAUGACAGUGGUGGCUUGUACACGGCUGCUCAACUAUUAUAUAGAACACGUGGAACUUAUGAACCUGGACGCCGUUAUGGGGACGAGGAUCACUGAAGCUCAGUUUCGCCUCGCUUUUUUGGAUGUGUGGGCAGGAGAGGGCAAGGUAUCGAGCGAUCCUAAUUUGCGUGUGGUGGCGGCUGCGGUGAGGCGCUUACACGGUGGUGCAGCGCUGGUCAGUGAGUCUGGCGAGGCUCACGUUAAGAAGGACGAUCCACAGCAGUAUGAAAGUCUUUGGGCGCUCCUGCAAGAGAACUUCUGGGAGGUGAGGUUGGCUGUCCCGUCCCUGCCGCACCCCGCCUCCCACACCCAUGGCUCGGUCCUCCAGGGCCUCGAGCAGCUGAAUGGCAGACAGACAGAUGAGUGCCUGAAGCAAGUGGCAAGCGGACGCGGGUGUGCCGUCACGAGAGAUUGUUUGCUGCUGAUGGGAAGUCAGAUCUAUUCAGGCUACUCUCUCACUCACCAGGUUCUCUUCCUCAUCGCUGGAGUGCAGGCCGGGUGUAAGGUUCACCUGGACGCUCUGGGUGCGGAACUGGGUGUCCAAGGGGUGGGUGGCCUUCUCGCUCGCCUGUGUUCCGUCGUGCUGAGUGAAGCGAGGGAAAUAGCGGAGGCAGGCUUCCCUCAACACCGCCGCGAUCUCUUCAUGGAGCAAGGGGCUGUGUGUGGGCUCUUGGGAUACCAUGAAUUUUUUCACGAGGCCUGGGUAGCGCGGGUGCUGUCCUGGCAGCACGUAGCUGGAUGUUACGGAGGUCAUCACCACCAACACCUCUCCGCCACACAACACGCCGCUGCUCCGCUGCACUCGUACAUUAGGGGCCGCCGAGACGAGCUUGUUAUGACCAGCGGCUGUCAGGCGCACCGCUCGGCAGUGGCGCUCGGCUACUUGGCUAUCUUCACCCGUCAUGCCUUCAUCGACACAUUAGCCGACUCUAAGUGAUCGUCACUCAUCCUCCUGACGCCUCACUGUCUCUUUUAUUACGGUAUAUGAAAUAGUAAAGAAACUGUGAAUACU